AAAAAGAAAGCAGGAAAAAAACAUGACGCAUGAGUUAGGGUUUCGUAAUAUGGGAUAUAAAUCGCAUGUUGAUUACGUGGUGAAGGUUGCACGAACCCUUUUAACGCCGAUAGGUAUCUGGCCGUUGUAUCGUGGCGACAGUUUAUCUGACAAAAUCAAAAUGUACAUUCAAAUAAGUUUGAUAUUUGGUCUGAUGUGUUGUCUAUUGAUACCCCAUUUGAUUUAUACUUACUUCGAUGCGGAACAAUUAAUAAAAGAGAUGAAAGUAAUAGCAGCCCAGGUGUUCAGUACAUUGGCAAUUGUUAAAUUUUGGACGGUUAUAAUUAAUAGAAAAGAAAUUGGUUAUUGUUUGUUGGAAAUGGAACGACAAUACAAAGAAGUUGAAUGUGAGGAUGAUCUGAUGGUUAUGGUUAAGAGUGCUAAAAUUGGUAGGCUAUUUACAAUAGCUUAUUUAAGUUUAUCUUAUGGUGGGGCUUUACCCUAUCAUAUUAUUUUACCAUUGGUUGCUGAACCAAUUGUCAAGGAUGAUAAUACUACCAUGUUACCCUUACCCUAUUUGAGUGAUUACAUUUUUUUCGUUGUUGAAACUUCACCGAUAUUUGAGAUAUUCUUCGUUGGUCAGAUAUUCGUAAGCAGUAUUAUACUGUCAACCAAUUGUGGGGUUUACAGUUUAAUCGCUAGUUGCGUUAUGCACUCAUGUUGUUUGUUCGAAGUUGUACGUAGACAAAUUGAUACGAUAUUUCAAUAUGAAACUGAAGAAAAUCUUCGUAAAAGGAUUUAUGUUAUCAUCGAUAAUCAUCUUCAAGCUAUCAGGUAUGCUGAAAAGAUUGAACAGGCAUUGAAUAUUGUUUUUCUUUGCGAAAUGGUCGGGUGUACUAUUAUUAUAUGUUUCUUAGAAUUUGGUGUACUCGUGGAUUGGGAAGAUAAGGAAACUUUGGGUAUGAUGACUUAUGGGGUUUUAAUGACAUCAAUUUUUGUCAACGUUUUUAUCAUUUCUUAUAUUGGUGAUCGUCUGAAAGAAGAGAGCGAACUGGUUGGCGAAUCAACAUAUUCGAUCGAGUGGUAUCGUCUUCCCAGUACUAUAAUAAAAGAUUUGGUUAUGAUAAUUGUACGUUCUAAUCGACCAUCUCGUUUAACAGCUGGAAAAAUUUUUGACGUAUCACUUCAAGGUUUUUGCGAUGUUUGCAAGACUUCGGCUGCCUACCUGAAUUUUCUUCGAACCAUGGUUGCAUGAAUUGUUUCUUAAAUAAAAAAAAAUAAUCCUUGCUAUACAACAAAACCAUACAAAAAAAAAAA